AUGUCCUGCAGCCCUUCCAAGGGGAGAGACUGCGUCGUCCUGCUCCUGCACCGGCCGGACGGCGAGCUCUCCUUCGCCCGCGUCGGCGAUGACCGAUGGACUCACAUCAUUCGCCAGACGCUCAGAUGGGUCAGCGGCUAUCGUGACGCAAUCUACAACGAGAUUGAUGGCUUGUUCUAUGUGCUAAGCUUCGACGGCUCUAUGAACACGUUGGAUUUGGGUGACCCUUCUUCUCCGGUGUCCAAGGACAUUAUGCCGCUAGCGAUACCGUGGGAUGAUCCUAUCAAAGAUCUUGUGCUCACACCGUCGGGAUUUCCACGGUUGAGUCCAGACUCUGCUUAUGUUACCGAUGGAUUUGACGAAGAAAUGUGUGGCAAUAAGCACAAUUUGAGGGAGAUUGGCAUCUGGGACUUCAAAACUGAGACACUACGUGGCCUUGGGGGGAAGAAUUAUGCUGGAGAGAUGUCCACAGUGGUAGUCCUACUGAACAACACAUUCCCUAGUCCUAUUGGUAGUCCGAGUAAAAUCACCUAUGUGCGGAUGAACUACAGGAGAAUUAAGAGGGCCAUGUUUGGCGGGGCUUCAAGCGGCUUUUAG